GCCUAAUCAGUAAUCAGCCAUUGAAAUAGUUGUUGAUACUGAAUUUGAUUGUUCGAUCUUCGUACAUUAAAUUGGAAUAAUAUUGAUAAAAUCAAGACAAACUGUAAACUUAUUCAACUAUAAUCACCAAGAUUCACUGUGAAUUAAUUCGCUUUCCACGCUAUAUCAACGACAAUGUUACCGUAAACACACAUGCGAAUAUGAUUCUGAGCAUUUCAGUGUAAUUUCAAAUAAUUGUAUAUUUACUUUGUUAGUUAUCGAAUACCUUUAUUCGUCUUAAUGUUGACUUUGUGCCACAAUUAUUUUCGAGUAACAUCCAGCAAUAAGAACAGUAAAGAUGUGCCGCAACGCUUCAAUAAGAGGAAGUUCGCAUUUGGCAUUUUCAUUCUGUUAUUGGUCGUUGUGCUGUGGGUGGUAUCCUCUGAGAUGACAAAAUACUUGUAUGUAGAGAAACAUAUAGAGAGACCAUUCCUUGUCACCUAUGUGAGAAGUUCCUUGCUGUUUAUUUACCUAUUAGUACUAUGUUUUACGCCUCCUACGAGGGAUCCAUGUCAGCCAGCUGAUUACACACAAUUACUUGAACAAACUGGAGAAACUGAUGAUGAGAGUUAUUUCAAUGAAUCAACAAAUAGUUUGGUUCAGACUCAGGGAGACUCCACCUUCGUGCCAGUUCGGGCCGGGGAAACGACAGACAGUGAUGAUGCGGCACCAAGAGCUGUACGGUUUAAUAAAGUAGCCGAGGUGCGAGUAAUGUCAGCAGCCAUGGCUAGCGAGGCUUUGCUCGCUCGGCUCUCGUGGGCUGCGUCAGUUCGCGCCACUGAGCACGCACAACGGCGGGCAGCGGCCGCCGCGACUCGCCGACAUCUGAGGCUGGCAUUACUGUUCUGUGUACCUUGGUUCAUAUCGAAUUACCUAUACCGAUUAAGCUUGUUACACACGAGUACGGGCUCAGCCACAAUAUACACGUCGACGGCGGGAGCGCUGGCGCUCUCGGUCGGUGCUAUAUUCGCACAAGUGCCCAACGACCGGUUCACGCUGUCCAAGUGUGUCGCUGUCCUAUUGACUGCCGCCGGACUGGUGGUAUUAGGUAUAUCAGAGAGCCAUCAAACAAAUUGGAUAGCAGUAUUGGCCGCGCUAGGCUCUGCAUUAUGCUAUGCAGUACAUUUACUCUUGUUCAGGCAAGCUUUAAGAAAUGGGGAUGAUAUCAACUCAUCAUUGCUUGUUGGUCUAGUGGGAUGUGCAUGUGGCUGCCUCACGUGGGUGAUAGGCGGCCUACUAGCGGCGACGGGUGUCGAACGAGCGGAACUGCCGCCGCCGCGACAGUGGACCUGGCUGUUACUCGACGCCGCGCUGGGACCCCUGCUUAUUGACUCGCUCUGGUUGUGGGGCAAAUCCCUAACGUCUCCUCAAGCGGCGACGGGUAUCCUGGGCCUAGCGGUGCCGCUGUCGGUGUGCGUGGAGGCGUGGCGCGGCGGCGGCGCGUGGCAGGCGCUGGCGGCGGCGCUGGCGGGCGCGGGCUGGGCCGCCGCCGCCGCGCCGCUGCCGCAGCACUGCUUCACCUGCCUCACCGAGCGGCUGCGGGCUGCUGAGGGGUUCACGGUGAUACGAAACAUCCCGGAUUUAGACGAGCAGUCAGAAGCUCUGAUGUCGUCGGACGAGCCCACGUAGCGCCUUCACCGUCACUCCUGCCACGAGAGGAACCACUGCUAAGUCUGAGCCGAAUCCGUACCGGCUACACAAAUAAUGCCUGCUGACCUACCUACACCGCUGACACUACAUGACGACAAGGUUAAACGAACAGAAGUCUGUCUUUUAAGUAAGAAAAAAAUAUAGAACACGUUUUUUUUUUUUUUUCAUAAAAUUUAAUCAUGUUUAGAUAGGGGCCAGAGUUUUCGAUUAUGAUGUCACCCGAAAGUUGAACACGCUGUACGUAAGGUGGUAGUUUGCGGGAGUAAAUAAAAACAUCGUGUCGAAUAUUUUUGGCUUAUCUAAAAGACUUACUUUUUGUCGUCAUACCUACUGCAUUAUAGCGUGAUCGUCAUCGCUAUCGCUCUAUGUGCAGUUUGAUACUACCAAUGCAAGAUUGGCGGUUUAAGUAGAUAGCAGGCCAACUAGACAUAAGUAAGACACUGACUUCAUUCAUUCCGUAUAGUAUACGCAACUAUUUAUUUUUAAGCAUCACGUCUUAUGAACCCCUCGGCGCGAGCCGAUGAGAGCCUGUGAUCUAGAUCAAUUAUAUAUUUAGAUUCAGAGCUUUUAAUACCAUAAAUUUUAUCGUAGUGUGAUUGCGCCAGUUUGUAUUAUAAAUUAUUAUAUUUCUUACGGGGUUUGCCGUAUGCUCUGGCACUGCAUAUUUGGUAACGAGUAGCUAGUCGGGUGUUAACUUAUAUAAUAAAUGCACCCAGAAGUAUUUGUGUGGUCACACCUUGUUUCGCCUAGUCUAAUUUAUAAUAAUAACUAGUAAACUAUUAGGUGUGUUAACAGUUAACUUUGUAAAACUUCCUAAUUUCUAUCCUAAAUUUGAACAUAAUGUGUUAAGAGUUACAAAAAUAAUCAAUAUAAAGAAAUAUCUUAUUUGUAUAAUAUGAUCUAAAUGUUUUCAAAUCUAUACAAAACAUGUUGUAAAUUGUAUAUUAAAACUAACAGUAGCUUUGUGUGAUUAAAAUCUUGUAAUGUACAUCUGAAUAUUGUAAACUGUUUGAAGUAUACUCAACUAUUAACUAUUUUCAUAAGUCUCCUGUACCUAUUGAGUCCAUAUUACAAAGUAACUAAUAAGUGAAACGGAAUACGUUUUUAUUUAUUCACUAGCUGUGCCUUUGAUCUCUGUGUUUACUAGGGGUAGAAAAAAUUAAGGGCUGAAUACACUGAAAUAUUGGUUCCAAAACUUUUAUGUAUAUCGUACUUAAUUGAUAUUGGUCUUAGCUAUUAAUAUUUUAUAUAUUGUGCAUUUAUUGGACGAUCAAAUUAUGAAUUGGAAUUAAUAUAUUAAUUUGUUGUUGUUUUGUAGUGUUGACACCUUAUUAUCUUGUUGCUUUUACUUGAAUUAGAAAUUCUUUCGUCUUGUUUUCUUGUUGAUUUCUUUUCUUACUGUAGUUACAUUCAAUAGUGAAUUGAAAUCUUUUUGAAGUGGUUGAAAUAACGUCUUUUAAAUUGUUUGCAUGAUUCAAUAAUAAUUUUGACAUUUAUGAUAUGAUGAUUAUGAACUAUGUAAAUAGAUAAACACUAUGUAAUUAUAUAUUAUACUAUCUACCUGUUGUAUAUUGUGUUAUGAUUAUAAUUGACACAGUAUUAUGUAAGUGAAUUAUUUUGUGUUAUUAAAGUAGUAGCAAUAGAUUUUAUAUACAUAUUA